CACAAUAGAGCCGCAUAAAAUGUUAGCUUCGCAACUUUGUUAAAAAUUAAUAGCAAAUAAAACAUGGAAAGCAUUAUUGCGCGUAGUUCGUUUGUGUCGGAAACGGCCAAUUUGUUCACGGAUGAAAAGACUGCCACUGCACGUGCCAGGGUUGUGGAAUGGUGUAAUGAAUUUUCGACAGCCAGCCCCUCUGGGAAAUGCGAGCUGCUGGUGAAGGUGCAGGAAACCAUUCUAGGUUCCUGCAUAGAGCUGAUUGAAGAAUUUCUGGAACCGGUGCUUUCGCUGGCCCAUGACCAGAACAUGGAAGUACGCAAACAAGUGGUGGCCUUUGUGGAGCAGACUUGCAAGGUGAAGGUUGAACUUCUGCCCUAUGUUAUCAACAUAAUAUCCAUGAUGCUGCGCGACAGUUCAGCACAGGUGAUAAAACGAGUCAUCCAGGCCUGUGGUAGUAUCUAUAAGAACGGAUUGCAAUGGCUGUGUACUCUCAGCGAUCCCACGGACAGUGCCGAACAGGCCUGGAAUGUCCUCAGCUUGGUCAAAGCUCAAGUGCUUGACAUGAUUGACAAUGAAAACGAUGGUAUACGUACUAAUGCCAUUAAAUUCCUUGAGGGCAUCAUUGUGCUACAAAGCUAUUCGGAUGAGGAUAGUCUUAAGCGAGAGAGCGAUUUCUCCUUAGCCGAUGUGCCUGAGCAAUGCCAACUGUUUCGUCGUCAGAAGCUUCAGGAGGAGGGCAACAAUAUAUUCGAUAUAUUGCUGCAAUUUCAUGGUGCCACGCACAUCUCUUCGGUGAAUCUAAUUGCAUGCACCAGCAGUCUCUGCACUAUUGCCAAAAUGCGUCCCGUUUUUAUGGGGCCUGUAGUAGAGGCUUUCAAGCAACUAAAUGCCAAUCUCCCGCCCACCUUGACUGACUCCCAAGUCAGUUCUGUGCGAAAGAGCUUAAAGAUGCAGCUCCAGACAUUGCUCAAGAAUCGAGCCUCAUUUGAAUAUGUCAGCAGCAUACGUGCCAUGCUUCUUGACUUGGGCGCUUCACAAAAUGAAAUACAGAAACUUAUGCCGAAAAUGGACAAGCAAGAGGUGGCGCGUCGACAGAAGCGUCUACUUGAGAAUGCCGCGCAAAGCUUGGCGAAAAAGGCGCGUUUAGCGGACCAGCAAAAACAGCAGCGAGAACGCGAAAUGGAAAUCGAUGCGGAUGAGUUGGAGAAGCAGCGUCAGAAGUCAUUGCGCGUCAAUGAGAAAUUUCUGACCGAACACCUGCGUACCCCGGAGACCGUCAUUAAUUUGGUCAUUGAAUUCUUGCCUGAGCUGCCUCCAGAGGCGCCUGCACAAUUCCUUAAUGAUUAUACGCCCAUCAAGCAACUCAACAUGCAGCAACAAGUGAGCCACAUUUCCCGACUCUUUGCCCAGCAAUUAACGGAACAAAAAUUGGGACCAGGAGCCUCCGCUUUCAGCAAAGAACCGCCAUUGCGGCCCAAGCAAACACAACCCAUGGACGUGGAUGUGCCGCCCGUAAUCGAGGGAACCGGCAAACUUUCGGAGGAGGAACAGCAGCGUAAGGAGGAGGCUACCAAAAAGCUACGCGAGACCAUGGAACGAGCAAAGGGGGAACAAACUGUUAUCGAGCGCAUGAAAGAACGUGCCAAAGCACUCAAGCUGCAGGAGAUUACAAAGCCACUUUCACGUAACGUCAAAGAGCAAUUUCUUCUGGGCGCUGUGAAGCGCAUCCUAAACUCGGAGCGUCAGUGCAUCAUGGGUGGUGUCGCUGCAAAACGACGCAAACUGGUUACAGUGAUUGCCGCCACAUUCCCAGAUAAUGUGCGCUAUGGAAUUUUGAAAUUUAUACUGGAGGAUAUUAAGCAAAGAAUAGACCUGGCCUUCUCCUGGCUCUUCGAAGAGUACUCACUGCUGCAGGGCUUCACACGACACACCUAUGUAAAAACAGAGAAUCGUCCCGACCAUGCGUAUAAUGAAUUGUUAAGUCAACUGAUAAAUGGAAUUGGACAGCGUUGUGAAUACAAAGAUAAAAUUAUACUCCUGCGUCGCAUUUAUUUAGAGGCGCCUAUUCUGCCAGAGGACUCCAUUGCCCAGUUGCUGCAGAUGAGUUUAGUGGAGGAGUUUACACAGCAUGGCUUGGAGUUGGUUAAGGAUUUGGCUGUGCUGCGUCCGCCGCGAAAAAAUCGCUUUGUCCGCAUGCUCCUACAGUGUGCUGUCCACGAGCGUCCUGACUUGCGGGAACGCGCGUUGGUUCAUCUGGUGGCUCUAUAUCAUGUGCAUAAGAUACUCCCAACCCGUAUUGAUGAGUUUGCCAUUGAGUGGAUUUCAUUCCUCGAACAGGAUACACCACCAAACGCUAUAUUUUCGGCUGAUUAUGGCAGACCAACGCCCGAAAUGGCCUGGAAGGAAGACACUACAAAGAUUUGUCUAGUGGUCGCCCUAACCUUGCUGCCUUAUAAUCCGGAAGUUUAUUUGGCCAAACUCUGUCAAGUCUUUGUGGCUUCCUCAGCUGAACUGAAACGCACAAUUCUACGGUCCAUAGACUCUUCUAUUAAAAAGCUGGGCGUGGAAAAUGAGACGCUGCUCAAACUAAUCGAGGACUGCCCUAAGGGCGUGGAAACUUUGGUCAUACGCAUCAUCUAUAUUUUAACAGAACGGGUGCCCACACCGCAUGCAGAUUUGGUGCGUCGGGUACGGGACCUUUAUCAUAACAAAGUGAAGGAUGUGCGCGUGCUUAUUCCCGUGCUGAGCGGUCUUUCACGUACGGAACUUAUCACAGUGCUGCCGAAGCUGAUCAAAUUGAAUCCCGCUGUGGUCAAGGAGGUGUUCAAUCGUCUGUUGGGCAUUGGCGCCGAGUUUGCCAAUCAAACGAUGGCUAUUACUCCUACAGAUAUACUGGUGGCUUUACAUACCAUUGAUCCGAGUGUUUGCGAUCUGAAGGCUGUAGUCAAGGCCACCUCAAUUUGUCUGGCCGAACGAGAGGUUUACACUCAGGAUGUUCUCAUUGGAGUCCUACAGCAACUGGUAGAGGUUAUUCCUGUGCCCACGCUUCUCAUGCGCACCAUCAUUCAGAGCCUCACACUCUAUCCACGACUCUCAAAUUUCAUUUUAAAUCUGCUGCAGCGGCUGAUCCUAAAGCAAGUGUGGCGACAAAAGGUCAUCUGGGAGGGUUUCCUCAAGACAGUGCAGCGUUUGAAGCCUCAAUCGUUGCCGGUAUUGCUGCAAUUGCCGCCUCAACAACUCAUGGAUGCCCUGCAGCAAUGUCCGGAGCUGCGGCCUGCCUUGUUGGAGUACGCGGAGAGCAUACAGGAUGAGCCCAUGAGCGGAAUAACGCAACAGAUAUUAGACAUCAUAACAGGAAAAUCGGUGGAAGUGUUUGUGACGGACGAAUCUGGCGGUUAUAUAGUGCCGGACAACAUCAAAAAGGAAAUCGAAGAUCCCACAGAUUUUGGUAUUAUUUCGACGGUACCUGUGCUGGCAUCCAUGUCGGCACCCUUGCCUGUGCCGCCGCCAGCGAUCACAGACUUGAAUCAGCCACUGCCACCUGGCGAGGACUAAUGACGCACGAUACUUCAAACACACUACUUUAGUUUAAGCACAAAAAUUGUUACCGUAUAUUAGACAGGCAAAAAAUAUAUAUUUAAACAAA